GUAAAAUCUCCCAUCAUGCAUUUCGCAAGUGCCUAACAAAAAGCCAAAUGAGAAGGCCGAGGAGGGGAGGCUGCCAGCCGAGGGGGGUAGCCGAUUUCCAUGGAGGAUUUUCUGUUCUUGUCGUCCACAUUGCCAAGCCGGUGACGGCGGGAAACGAAAACAAAUAUAAAAGCAUCAUUUAACAUGAUGCCUGCUCCCCAACAAGAUCUUCCAUCUGGGCUGUGAGUGUCGGCAGGUUUCCACUGCCGCCCCUCUUUGGGGGAUUCUGCUGUCUGACUCCGUCCAGGUCCAGACCCACAACACUGCCAGGCGAUGACAGCGGCUACAUCCACUCCGCAGGUGAUGAGAGACCGGCUGCUACAGGCCAUCGACGGGCAGAGUAAUCAGAUAUGCAACAUGGUGGUGGUUAUGGAGGUGGUAUCUUUUUUGGAGAACUAUCCUAUUACCAAAGAGGCAUUAGAGGAAACCCGUCUUGGGAAGCUGAUUAAUGAUGUACGAAAGAAAACAAAGAAUGAGGAUCUUGCAAAAAGGGCCAAAAAGCUCCUCCGGAACUGGCAGAAGCUCAUUGAGCCUGGGAAGGUUGAGUCUAGAGGACUCACUGAAGCUUCCUGGUCUUGCAAUGGUGUUGCUCAUCCAUGCAUCUCCACUUCAGCAGCCAACCCAACAUCAGGUAAAACCGGCCCAGAGUUGAAGAACAGAAAUGACUUCAACAACUGCUCCCCAAGAGUAGAAAAGCCAAGCAACAGGAAACGUAAAGGUGAACAGAAGGAAGGACAGCUCUUGCCAACCAAGAUACCCCAAACUACUCCCACUUUUAAUGAUAAAAUACAAAAGUCAAAACAGCUGCAGACCAAUGGACUAGGUGGCAGCUCUGAAGUUGUUGCAAAUAUUUGUGCACAUCAUCCUUUAGAUAAGGAAAUUCCUGAGCCUCUGGACAAUAACAAACUAAGUAAAAUCCCCAUUCAUGCUGUAAAACCUCAUCCAAGUGUCCAGGGAUAUAGCAAGUCUCCUAACACCUCAUCCUUGUUAAAAUCAUCAAUUCUCCAACAGCAAGCAAGACAGGAACAAACUGCCUCAGGGGGGCAGUAUCAACCCAGAAGCCCAUGUCGUUCUUUGCACAGUCCUCAGACUCCAAAGCAUGAAGCUGUUAUCAAACAAACUGUUGCCCCUGAGCUCAGGGCAUCUGCUCAGCCUUUCAGUGUAUGUGUUCAGGGUUUUCAGACAGAAAGCACAGCUUCCAGUAAAUCUCUUCAUAACUCGGUCACCUCCUCUUGCAGUGAGGGAGUUGGUUUAGAAGACAAGGGUCCUGCUAGCAAUACAGAGAAGAGGAAAAGACAGACAUACCGGCCUAAACACUAUGCGGUAAAUUUAGAUGGACAACAUGUAGAAGACGGCACCAGACCAGUCAGGUUAAAAGAGAGGAGACUCACAUUUGAUCCUGUAACAGGACAAAUCAAACCCUCCUGCCAUAAAAACUCUACCCAUGACGAGGAAGUCACAGUGGUCCACAGCUCUGAACUACAGUGGUCAGAACAGCUGAAGCAGAACCCACCAAUUCCUCCCAGUCCAUUUCAGCAAACAGACUGGAAAAAGUUGUCAAGGAGCGAAAUCAUCCAGUCAUACCUCAGCCAGCAAAGCAACAUGCUGACAUCCUCAGGCACCCAUACCCCUGGAGCACACUUUUUCAUGACUGAGUUCUUGAAAAAAGAGGAGUACUCUAUUAAAGAUGCAAAGAAAACGUUCAGUUUGGUUUCAAACAUCCCAUCCAAGGAAUUCCCAGGAGUUAGUAGAGAAAUCAGCAGUGAAGACCUGAAUAAAUUACACACGCAACAUUGGUCUGGGGUUAAUGGAUGCUAUGACACAAAGGGUAACUGGUAUGACUGGACAGAGUGCAUCUCUUUAGAUCCACAUGGAGAUGAGAGCAGACUGAACAUACUGCCCUACGUCUGUCUGGAUUAAAACAGAAGUCAAGCUUCUUGUUGGAAGUUAUAAUUUACUUUCACUGUGCAGCAGAGUAAGUACAGAUGUGUGAUGUUGCUUCUUCAACAAGUGAUGGAACGGAGUACAUAUGCUGUUUAUUUGAGUGUUGGAGCACAGGGGGUGCAGCUUUUACACUUUGUAGGCAGCAUUGAGGGGCAAAAGCUAUGCAUUUUUGACCAUUUACUUGCUGGAAAUAAAGUUACUGUACAGCUUGAAUUUACAAGGUACACAUGAGCAACUCAACACACAAUGGUCUGUAUGGGGGACAUCACUAACAAAAAAUUUAUUCAGCUUAAGUUAAUGUUAUGCUAUGCUUUGAGGAAAUAUGACAUUAUUGACACCCCCUCUCGUCCAUGUAUGUUUUUGUCUAGAGUGGUUUAGAUUUUAUUUAAAUGUUGUGUAUUAAAAAAAGACUUAUUUUCCUCCAGGCUUCCUAAUUGCAACAGACAUCUAGCAGAAACCCCUACUGAUGUGAUCUGUUGUUGGCAGUUGCCUAUGCAUCAUGAAUGUUGCAUUUUUCUGUUCAAACUGAAAUAAAUACCAUUUUCAAAUAGCUGUUUACAUUGCCAGUAGUGGAAACUGACAUCUUUAAGUUGUUAGUCUGAUGAAAAAUAUUUGUCUAACAUCAACUUUUAGCAGAAAGACCAAACAAAUCAAUCUUAAACCAUUUUAAUAUUUUCUUGUUUGCUGUUAAAGUGGCAUGAAUCUGUUGGGGUAAGACAUAGGGGUUUGACUGUCGUGUAUGAUAUUUAUUCAUAUUCAGGCUCCUUUAUAUUUUUGUUUGAAUUGAUUUGGUGAUGCAGCUGUGAUAUUCCACACUAACCCUGUUAAUGCAUCAACAAACUGUACUUUACACAGAAAACAUUGCCCCAAAUUGGUACAGUUUAAUAUUAUGUUCUGAUUUUGUUUUAAACAUGCAUUUUCCCUUUACUCUGUAUGUUGUAAAACAUGCACUGGAAUAGCUGAGCGGCUCGUGCUAUCGACUUGCUUCUUUGUACUGUCAGGAAAAACUGAGAAACAAAUUUGAGAUGCUGGAUAAAGUACUUAAAAGCAUUCCAUUAUAUAUUGUUUGCCUUAUGGAAACGUGUUUUCCCUGAAGACAGAGCCUUAGUGAAUGUACAUAUGUUAAACUUUUGUGUUCAAUUGAAUGCAGAAGAAAGUGUUUGCUACUUAGUCCUUUAAGUGGACAUGUUAAUGUGUUGAUUAAAAAAACAAAAGAAUUGUGUUGUCUUUGUGCAUUUGGAAGAAUUUUUGUUUUCUUGCUGUACUAAAGCAA